UAGUGAUUAAGUUUUUAAAAUUAAUCAUGGACUAUAAUAUCAGUCGAUUGUGCAGAGUUUGUUUGGAAGAGGGUGUUUUUACUUCUAUAUUUAACACGGAACUAGUCGCAAUGGCUCCAGCUGAUAUGCUGAUUAUGUGUGCCAAUAUUAAGGUAUCGAAAAACGAUGGACUACCAACUACGAUCUGUAACAACUGUAUGUAUAGGCUCGGGGUAGCGUUUCACCUAAAACAGCAGUGUGAAAAUUCAGACAUGAGACUGCGGCAGUAUAUCGGGUUGAUGACCGGUAUUUACACCAACUCAAUGGACAAAGAAACUAUGACCGAUGACUCCUGGCUGUUGAUUGCGAAAAAGUCCGACGAAGAAGAUCGGAAAGUGACCAAAAAGCGAUCCAGCGGUAGAAGCCGUUAUAAACCAAAACCACCCGAAGACUGCAAAAAACGCGGCCCAAAACCAACACCAAAAUUACCGCAAACCUGCUACCAAUGCCAUAAAACAUUCAAAUGUGCUGCUCAACUGCAAAUGCAUUUAAGGACGCACAGCGGCGAAAAACCGUUCGCCUGUAACUACUGCUCAAGACGGUUUGCUCAGAAACACAAUCUUUCCAUCCAUAUUCGCACUCACACGGGCGAACGGCCUUAUCAGUGCGAAAUUUGCAGCAAACAAUUUUCGGCCCUGGGAAACUUUCAGGCGCACAAAAAAAUCCACUCGAACCAACGGGACCACAUCUGCCCGUCCUGCAACAAAGCAUUUAUCACUUCCGGUGACCUCUCGCGUCACAUGGUGUCCCACUCGGGCAUCAAAAGCUACCACUGUGAUGUUUGUUCGAAAAGUUUUAGCCGAAACCGUGACAUGGUUGCACACAAAAAGAAAAUUCACCUAAAUGAUCGCUCCAGCGAGAAUUAUAAAUGCAUGGAGUGCCAAAAGGUGUUCGCAACUGCCGAUAGCCUGAACCUUCACGUGCGCGUCCACAAUCCAAUACCACCGACCCCAACGUUGAUGCCACCGCCGCCACCACAGCCACAGCCCCACAUCCAGCAGCCAAUUGCAAUCGCGCCGCAUCACAGUCUCGGUGCUGCUUCGCUAGGCGUCGGGCUCGGCAUGUUGCCCCACACCCACACCCAGGGUGGCUAUCACACACAAAUGCACCCGGCCCAACGGCUGCAUCCCUACUGA